AUUUUCCUUCCGUUUAGUCAGAGGCGCUGAUGUCGGCAUUGUGAUUGGUGGAACAUGACUUUUGACAAAUCCUGCGCUAUCUGUGAAUCUGUAAUCUGUGUUCGUGUUCGUUCGUUCGUUGUCGUUCACUUAUUUUAUAAAUAUGGUCGGUUAUGUGAUGUGUUUGGUAUUUGUGUUUAGUUUGUGUCACCAUAAGAAGCUGAUAUUCAGUCGUGUUUUUUGAUAUUUUUGUUAUUUCAUAAUCGAGUACCUUUUUAAAGGUAAGCUUUUUUGAUUGUAGGUACUGUUUAUCCAACAGUUUUAAAAUACACAUUUUAUUUCGCGUUUUGUUGUUGGGUCUAAUGGCCGAUCAGCUGUUGUGUGCAGCCGAUAAAUUCAACAAGUAAACAUAUAUUUAAUCGAAAUUAAAUACUCAUAUUUCUAUGUAAAAUGUCACAUUAUUGUAUAAAUAAAUAAUUAAGAAACAAAAGUUGUUUGUGUUUUACCUUUAUUGUCCACUUGAAUAACAUAAUAUUAAAUAUUGGAAGUACCGUAUGGAGGCUAUGGUGUACCUAGCGUGGAGGCUAGAUAACGCUACCCUUCCUAUCCAAUCAACAGCAAGAACGUUUAAAAUUUCACACCUAUCAUGUCGAAGCUACAGACCACUUAUGUGGAGGCCAGAUUUGUAGUAUCCUUCCAAUUUUCCAGGUGCUGAAAUACGUGACAUAUUUUUUGAAGGAUAAGAUCGCAUUCUACCAAAUCACACAACACUUUUUUCUAUGGGAUGGAGCUCAUGUAGCAUUAGUAGUAGAGUAGCGUUGAUGCCUGUAAAAAUUCAAUUUUUUAAAGUUUUUGAGUGAGUUUAGGGUUAUUUAUUGAUAAUAAUAGUACCAUGGCUUCGUGUGCUUUUCCUCUGUGUACAAAUAACAAACGAAAGAACCAGAAAAACUCCACGGGGAUAACAUUUCAUAGUUUUCCCAAAGAUGUUGAAAAGAGAAAGGCUUGGGUACAGUUUGUACACAGAGAGAAUUGGGAACCAGCCACCAGCAGCAAAUUGUGUACGAAACAUUUUGCCGAGAGGGAUGUAGAUCGGACUUCAUUAGUUUGUAUUCGUUUGCGAGAAAACGCAGUCCCUACAAUUGGUGAAUCUCAGUUUUUGGAAAAAAAUCAAUAUUUCUCCCUUCGGGAGCCUCCAGCCUCAUACAUCACUGGUGAUGCCACUUCAAGGCAAAAAGGAACAUGAUGCAUCCAACAGACAGCAGCACCCAACAUCUCUAGUUGCAGCGACCUGAGGCCACAACAUCUGCCCAGGUCUACAAGUCGACAGCAGUACCAUUCGACAUCAAGGAGUUACCAUCGAACCAAUACCAACAGCUAUAAGUAUAAUCUAAAAAUUGUUAGUUUUUGGCAAGCAUUUGAAUAUAUUAUGUUAUUGAAUUUAAUAAGUCAUAUUUUAAUUAUAUCUUUAUUGAAUAAUAAACAUGAUUAGUUAAAA